ACACUUUCUCAGUUCCCAAACCUACAUACAUACCUAUAUACAUGUUAAAAUAAAGUAUCCUAGUAUUGACCUAGUUUAACUUCAGCUGCUUUACAUCCAAGGUUCGGACAACAUUAGGAUAAAAAGCUGUGGAUAAGGUUGCCACAGUAACUUUUGGUCUACAUUUGACACACCCAGAUACAAGCCAGACUAUUUUAUUUCUCAACUGUUAAUGUGCCCUUCAGACAUCGACUGGGUUUAGCACUUAUUCCACAUCAGAAUCAAAGGAAAAGUGUCAUAUUUUUAUACAGUCACUCAAGCGUUGUGGUGCUUCAAGUUCACAGAAUAAAGAUGUCGCCAUUGGUGCUGGGAGUUGGAGCGUGCUUAGCUGGGUGGAUUGGUCUUUAUGCUUUGCUGUGCUACACAAAUGGCUCUUGUGGCUAUGAAUGGAACUGUCGACUAGUUACACUAUUCCAUGGCAUCCUUGCAGUCUGUAUAACUGCUUACAUUGGAUACUUAGAUGGACUGUGGCCUUUCACCUACCCAGGUACAAAGAACACCCCUCUGCAGAUCACCGCUAUGGUGAUCAGUCUGGGCUACUUUAUCUUUGACAUGGCCUGGUGUGUGUACUUCCGCACAGAAGGCCUGGUAAUGCUCGCUCACCACACCAUGAGCAUCCUGGGUAUUAUGCUCACUCUGUGGCUGGGGGAGUCAGGCAUCGAGUCUUGCGCCGUGCUGUUUGGCAGUGAGAUCACAAACCCACUCCUCCAGACGCGCUGGUUUUUGAAACACUCUGGCCGCUACGACAGCAUCCUCGGAGACGUGGUGGACGUUCUGUUCGUGCUGCUGUUUGUGUUCAUGCGCAUUUUUGUUGGUGGUGCCAUGUUGUACCGUGAGCUAAUCUCUCCAAGACCCAAGUUCAUCAUUAAAUGUGGCGGUUUGGCCAUGUAUGCGCUGUCCUGGGUGUUCAUGGUUGACAUCAGUCGUUUCACAUACCGCAAAUACAGGCGCUGGAUGAAUCGCUGCAGGAUGGCAGAGGUAAACGGGCAGGACGUGAAGAGAAAAUGAAAGAUCUCUGAUCAGCGGUUUGGCCUCUUGUUUCUAACACUGGAGGGAAGAAUAAAAACCAGAACAAGUGAACCUGCUAAUAAUGGUCUGCAGCUUAUAGAUGUUUACAUAUUUUUUUAAAGGAUAUCAGCUUUUAAAGUUUAUUUCUGGUUGGUAAUGUUCACAUGGGAAAUAUCCAUGUUGUAUCAAUAUCUUAUAUAUCUAUAUUUUUUUUAUAUGCCUUUAUGAUUAACUCAAAAUUAUUGCAAUCAAAUGUAAUUUAAUAUAUUUGCACUUAUAAGGAAUAAAGUGUAUAAAAUCUUUAAGUACUGGAAAUAUUUUUUUUUUUUUUUUUGGAAGACUACUUGUUAUACAUUUUACUUAAGUAGUUAUGUUGCUUUUACAUUAUUUUCAAUUAAACUUUCAGUAUGUGCCAUAUUCAGAAAUUAUCAUGAAACACUACAAAAAUUUUCUGUAAGAUUACUGAAUGCUUUGUGUGUGAUUAAUGACUUGAAUGAAAAAGUAAACUAAGAAAUCUUGUCUUUGAAGUGUAACCAUUUUCAAAUUGUGAGACUGAGUGAUGGCUUACCGGCUGUUUGAUUCAGUUAUUUAUCUGUUAUGGUGAAUUGACCACACCAGUUGAUACAUCAAUAAACAUUGUCAU